GUCCUUGUUAAUGAGAAAUACACAAAGCCAUUUCUGAUUAAUAGGAAAUACACAUAGCCAUUUCUAACUUUCUUCAUCUUAUAUAUGUCUAGAAGUUACUACAUGUUCACAUGGGAGACAUGCCAAUCUGUGAUGAAGUGAUAAAAGUUUAUCUCCAUCUAAACCCACUGUCUACCAUUUCAGGUUCUAUGGUUGUUGUUCCUUGCUACUUACUUUUCUUACUACCUGUUCAUGAACUCCAUGAGUUGUAGAGUUGUACUGGUCACUCUCUCUUGCUAAUACCUUACCUUUUUUGUUUUGUCUCUUUUAUAGUACUACUGCUUCUAUUCCCCUUUUCAUUCAUUGAUCUCCCAGAAUAUAUGGGUCUCUGACUACUUUUUUUUCUUCUUACUAUAACUCUCACAGUGUCACAGUCUCACAGUGUUUACAAGUAGCUAGUAGUUGAAGUAGUCCUCUCUUGUAAGUUUCAUUUCUUUCUUGCCUUAGCUUUAAAUCCUUCCCAUUUCUUUCUUUUUAUAGAGUUUGGUGUUAGAAAUUCUUGUCCUUGAAAUUUUCUUUUUUUAGAUUUGGGUCUCUAUAAAAUAUUUCAUGAGAGGAUUGUGGAGUCUAGUGAGAAAGUAGGUUUUGAGGUUUUCAUUUCUUUUUUCUCUCUACAAGUUUGUGAAUUUAGGUGCAAUGGGGAAGCUAACAUUUGGCAAAGUGUUGGAUUGUUUUUGUGUGUCACCUAAAGGUUCAAGCUCUUGUUUUUGUAUAAACUCUUUAGAAGCACUGGAAGAUGAUGAUUUUGAUAGAAAACCAUUGAUUGGAAAAGAAAGAAGUCAUCAGUUGAUGAAAUUGGGAGAUCUUGUUAAUGGAACACAAACUUUAGCUUCUCAGUUGAAACCAAAGAUGGUGGAGCUAAGGGUUUCAAUGCAUUGCAAUGGUUGUGCAAAAAAAGUUGAAAAACAUAUCUCAAAGAUGGAUGGAGUGAUAUCUUAUCAAGUGGACUUGGAAAACAAGAAGGUGGUGGUGAUAGGGCAUGUUUUGCCAUAUGAAGUGUUGGAGAGCGUAUCCAAGGUGAAGAAUGCAGAGAUAUGGACAUCUCCUUAUGUUAAUUGAUUAAGAAUUCGGAAAAACUCGGACGAAAAAUAAGAUGAAGCAAGACUACAAAUACUAGGAUGGUCAUACUAUGUGUAAGAUGUAUGUUUGUUUUCAGUUAAGUUGAAUCAGAUAUGUGUGCAUUAAGAUCUCUGUAACGCGUGGAGAAAGAAGCAAAUUAUAAGUCGUCUUUUUGGAUGUAAUCUCUGUACAUAGUGCAUCUUCAUAGUAUUCUGUUAUCUAUCCAUUCUUUUUUCCCAUAA